UUUGUGUUUGCCUUCCGCUGCCGCAGAGAGGAAGAACACGACCUUCUUUUCUGCUCUUCGAUCACAUCAGCAUCACCCUACACCUUCAUCUUCAUCUUCCCUCCUCGAAGAAGAACUCGAAUUGCAGCAUGCCGAGAUGCGUAGGGUUGUGGCUGACAACCGCAGGCUCAUUGAGGACCGUGUGGUAUUGCAGCGUGACCUUGCUGCUGCCAAGGAGGAACUUCACCGUAUGAACCUUGCCAUUGGUGAUAUUCGUGCUGAGCAUGAGCUGCAUUCCAGGGAGCUCAUUGACAAAGGAAGGAAGAUGGAGUCUGAUCUCAGGGCUGCCGAGCCCCUGAAGAGUGAGGUUGCGCAGCUGCGAGCCGAGGUUCAGAAACUUAACACUCUUAAGCAAGAACUUACAGGGAAGGUUCAGACGCUUAAUCAGGAUGUUGCAAGGUUACAAGCUGAUAAUAAACAGAUUCCCAUGUUGAAGUCCGAGAUUGAUGGCCUACGCCAGGAGCUAAUGCGUGCAAGAACCAUGAUGGAUUAUGAAAAGAAGGCAAACAUAGAGUUCAUGGAACAAAGGCAAUCAAUGGAGAAAAACAUGGUUUCCAUGGCUCGGGAAGUGGAGAAGCUACGUGCAGAGCUUGCUAGUGUUGAUGGCAGACAGUGGGGUGCUGGUGGGCCUUAUGGAACACAGUUUGGUAGCCCCAAAGGGGGUUAUCCAGCUCUGUAUGCAGAUGGAUAUGGACCAUAUGGCGUUCACCUGGGUGCUGUGGAGAAAGGUCCUCUGUAUGGGGCAGGUGCUACUUCAAGGAAAGGACCUGAGAAGUCUCGCACUAAUCGCCGUUGAAAUUCAAGUGAUCGCUGUUGGUGAAGAAGAGAGGCUUGCCAUCACUUUAGCCCGUGUUAACACCAUGGCUGUGAUUGAGUUUGGCAUCCUUCUAUCUGUGCAUGCCUCAUCAAUGCUUAUUUUCUGGUUAUAAUUGGUUCGUAACUAGCAUAUAUAGGUUUCGGUGUUGCUUUGUUUCGUAUUUAUAGGGAAAGUUGUUGCAAUAUGUCUAAGUUCAAAACCUAGUAUGAUGAAACUUAAAUUUAUCUAUCUUCCAUUGAUACAUAUUUCUAGUUUUUUUAUUAUUGCUUUUGGCUAUUAUUGUUGUCUAUCUUUCUUCUCGGAAAGACAUGUUUUAAAUAAUUCAUGAGAUGAAAUGAGGUAUAGUUCCCAUGUG